GGUGAAGAGUAAACGUCUAUUUAUAAACGGGGGAGGAGGGGGCGAGUUUACUCCCCGUGCAUCAUCGACAACACGCUGGCUUAUUCAAGCAGCGACCCCCUCGAUACAUCACCAUUGAUGUCGACCACCCUUCUUACGAAUUUUCGUUCAGAUUUUUGGCAUCGAUCCGCGACCACUAUCUGCGCGGGUGGCAAUCGAUUUUCUAAUCGUCGAAUUAACUCUCUUCGAACGAUCGGUACGAAACAUGCCAGAAAUUUCAAUUAUCGUUGUUCCCUUUUCCGAGAAAAUAAUUAAAACAGUAAUGGAGAUAUUUUCAGAUGAAAUAAUUUUUAGUGAAAUCUUUUAGCUAUAAAUUGCAAAAAAGCAUUAAAAUUUGAGGUGAUAAGGUGUCGAUUAAUUCACACCGGAAUAUACCUAACUACGUAGUUUAUUAGAAUAUACCCGAUGCGUACACUAGUCGUACAAUAUACUUGCUGACUCGUUUCGCGGUCGCUAAUAGAUCGGCGCAAAGAAGUAUCGGUUAAUUGUCGCUGCUCGUGUCUCUCGGUAACUAAAAAUCCGUCGCUACCCUGUCCGCUAUAUUUAUAUCCGCCGGAGUUGACGAUAGGCGUUGGGAUUUGAAUUUCGAGGAUGUUCUCGAAACGUCCCAAUGGGCGCCGAGUUCGCGACCUUGUUUACAAUUGUUGGCUUUUUGGGUAACUGACUCACGAGCCUAUGGUCACGGCAAAAACGACGGAUUUGGCCUAAUGAUCGGAACCGCCUAAGGUCGAUAGAUCUAUAAUUAGCUCGUGUUUGAGUAAACACGGUUUCUUGUGUAGUGGAUUUGCUGGACAAAAACCAUAAUGACUUUUGUCGACAAGUACCGCUACAAAUUUAGUACAAAAAAAAAGAAAAAAUGUUCGAGCGAGAAAAUUGACAAUUCUUUCAAAAUCGUAUCACUUUUUUUUUUUUUAUAAAGAAGAUGUAAGUGUACCGGUGUAGGCAUUUGAGGGAAAGAAUGAAUUAUCACGUUACACGUGGGAGGGAAAAAGCGCUGCUAAAUUGGUUGAGUGGAAGUAUGACGAAUUUUAUGGGUUGAAGAGAAAUUUCGAAGGGGUGUGAUCCCUUUUUUCGAACAGGCAUUUACGUAAGAAGCGUUACAGUAGGCGCCAGUGUCGUAAUCCAGAAUGAAGCAGGUAAGUUAAUAUUUUUCACGAUAGAUGAAGCUCCGCCUUAAUUUUAUCUGCGUGAGACAGGGAUGUACGAAGAGGAGGCGCGCAUAAAACUGACCGGCGCUAUGCCAGGUGCCACCAGUCUCGGUUGCAACGCGGGACAAACCUGUUACGCGUUUCUUUCCAAGUGGGAUCAUGUUCUGAAACAACUGAAACGACCAUUUUCAAAUUCCUUCUCCAAGAGAGACGCAUUGAAACGUUCGAGUGAUAUAUCUUUAAAGUGGAUCGGAUUUUCUAUCUGCUAAUCAAAAAGAAAAAGUGAGUGAAAAAUGCUUCGAUAUUUCGAAAAAUCGAAAUCGUAAAGUAGUUCGAGAAAUAAAACGCAACGGACUGUUUUGGAAUCUUUUGAAAAAAGGAAAGUAAAAGCAACAAAGAGAAGUAACGUAAAGAAAAGAGAACACGUAAAGAAGAUAUUUAAUCCCAGCCGGCAAUUAUCAUGAACAUCGAUGAGUUUCAAGUACGUGGCAAGGAGAUGAUCGAGUAUAUUUGCGAGUAUCUCCGCACCUUGGAGGGAAAGAGGGUGACGGCGAACGUGGAUCCAGGGUAUCUAAGACCCCUACUUCCAAAAGAAGCUCCAGCGAAAGGGGAAUCAUGGGAUGCCAUAAUGAGGGACGUCGACAGCAAAAUAAUGCCCGGGAUCACACACUGGCAGCAUCCACGUUUUCACGCGUACUUUCCAGCGGGUAAUUCGUUCCCUUCGAUCCUCGGGGACAUGCUGUCGGACGCAAUCGGGUGCAUAGGUUUCUCUUGGGCGGCGAGCCCGGCCUGCACGGAACUGGAAACGAUCGUACUCGACUGGUACGCAAAAGCGAUAGACCUACCACCGGAGUUCCUAGCUGAACACAAAAGCUCGAAAGGUGGUGGAGUGAUACAAGGGUCAGCCUCCGAGUGUAUUCUGGUCACCAUGCUUGCAGCACGUACCCAAGCGAUUCGAACCUUGAAGGAGCAAGACCCGAACACCGAGGACUCGGCCUUUCUGCCACGGUUGGUCGCCUAUUGUUCCACAGAAGCUCAUUCCUGCGUCGAAAAGGCAGCGAUGAUCAGUUUGGUGAAGCUUCGAGUUCUAGAACCAGACGAAAAAGGUUCCUUGCGAGGUAAGCGAUUGGAAUCUGCGAUCCGCGAAGACGUGGCAAACGGUUUGGUUCCGUUUUAUGUCUCCACCACUCUUGGCACUACCGGAUCCUGUGCGUUCGAUAAUUUAGUCGAAAUCGGACCAGUGUGCAAACUGUAUCCUAACAUGUGGCUCCACGUGGACGGUGCUUACGCUGGAAACGCGUUCAUUUGCCCGGAAAUGAGGCCGUUGAUGACGGGUAUCGAGCACGCAGACUCGUUCAACACGAAUCCCAACAAGUGGUUGCUCGUUAAUUUCGACUGUUCCUGCCUUUGGGUACGGGAUCGAGUGAAGCUGACGUCGGCGCUCGUCGUCGAUCCAUUGUACCUUCAGCACGCUAGAUCCGGAGAAUCUAUCGAUUAUCGUCACUGGGGAAUUCCUUUGAGCAGACGAUUCAGAGCGUUGAAAUUGUGGUUCGUAAUGAGAUCGUACGGAAUUACAGGAUUGCAGAAGUACAUAAGGAACCAUAUCAGGCUGGCGAGACGGUUCGAGACUCUGAUGAGAAGGGACAAAAGAUUCGAGAUCACUAACGAUGUGAGAGUUGGUCUGGUCUGCUUCAGACUGAAGGAGAGCGAUGAGAUCAAUCAGGAAUUGUUGGCGAAUAUUAACGCAUCCGGCAGACUUCAUAUGAUCCCAGCUAGAGUCAUGGGAAAGUAUAUCUUGAGAUUCUGCGUGAUCAAGGAAAAUGCUACCGACGAUGAUAUCGAUUAUGCCGUGGACGUGAUCGAAGAACACGCGACGGAGGUGAUGCUCGCUCAUUACGAAGGAACAGAAGACGAAUUUAGGGCGAAGGGACCAAAGAGUCCCGCUGCAUUGGACAAAAAGCUGGUACGAAAGUUCAGCUUCACCAGGAGCGUGACGAGGGACGUUUACAAAAGAUCCAUUUCGAAAUCGAGUCUCCACGACGGUGCUACGCCCAUCAUGGUCGUCGAUGAUAACUCGCAGGUCGAUACCAUUGAGGAAGACGUGUUCUGCAACAGCAGGUCGUGACGAUCCCGAUGAUGAUAUCCAGAUGAUUCUUGAAUUAUGUGAUAGGAAUGCCUCUCGAAACCGGCCGGUCUUGUUUGGAAUAUCACAACUCCGUUCAUCAUAUCGUUGUUUUUUAGGGAACGAGCAAAUCUUGCGAUCGAGAUAAGUUUCCUUCGAAUUACGAUAAACUGGAAAUUUCGUCCGAUAGAAACGAUUCUGAAGGUAUUUAUCGAGAGUGAUCGAUGAAGAAAGUCUGCAGGGUGUUCUCGAUUUAGUGCAUUUCACACUGGUCAUCGUUUGGGACAUUGAUAUAUUUUAUUUACUGAAGUUUACUGGAAAUCAUUUUUCGAUAUGUUGGUAAAUCGUUUGGGAAUUUGCCUUUCUACGCACGAUUUUAUGCAACGUAAGUGCAACUGGAAUUUAUUUUCAUAUUUAUUCCGCAACCAACCAAAGCAAGAGAUUACGUGCUGACAAGAAUAAUUGUUCGAAUAAACUGUACUAGUUUUGCAAUUGAGGAACGAUAUAAUAAACGUGCCCGAUAAAAUAGAAGAGAAAUAAUUGUUCGUAGUAUAAGCAAUUUAUCGAUUCGUGUAACAAUUCAGAGCAUAUUAAAAAGGAAAAAAAUGAAUACGUAGCUAGGCAGAAGUAAGACUCACUGUUAAGUACAUCGAUUGUCUCUUAGGCUAUUAAUAGAUAUAAUAUUAAAUUAUUCCAUGAACGAAUUAUGUACGAAUAAAGGAUAGUUUUCGAUUAGAUUACUGUAAAUUAGAUACGAAAUGAAGACCUAAACAUUUACGGUUGGAAUUUUGUCAGUCGACGCUGAUCAUAGUGUUAGAUCAUACACACAUUACACGUGUUUACUUUGGGUGUUUUACUUCUGAGAAGAUCGAUUCGAGUUGUAAGUCGCAUUGAUAUUUCAAACGUGUUUGAAUAAAAAUCCAAUCCAAUACAAUGUAGAUUAUAUUAAUGACUAUUUAUUUCGUAUGUAAGUUUAACGGAAUAAAAUUGAAAUUCGUAAAACGAUAA